AUGUUCGCCCGCUCAGCUGCCCGUGCACUCGCCUCCCCCUCCCGCCUCUUCUCCACCUCUGCCUCGCGACACACAAAGGUCGCAGUCCUUGGCGCUGGCGGAGGCAUCGGACAGCCGCUCUCACUCCUCCUCAAGAGCGACCCCCUCGUGUCCUCGCUCAGCUUGUAUGAUAUCCGUGGUGCUCCUGGUGUCGCAGCAGACGUCAGCCACGUCGACACUGCCAGUGAGGUGAACGGUUAUGCAGCGGACAAACUUGAUGAGGCUCUCGACGGCGUCAAGGUCGUUGUCAUCCCCGCUGGUGUCCCAAGAAAGAUGACCCGUGAUGACCUUUUCAACACCAACGCCUCCAUCGUCCGUGACCUCGCUACCGCCGUCGCCCGCAUCGCACCCACCGCCCACAUCCUCGUCAUCUCCAACCCCGUCAACUCCACCGUCCCCAUCGUCGCAGCCACCCUCGAAAAAGCCGGCGUCUUCGACCCAGCCCACCUCUUCGGUGUCACCACCCUCGACGUCGUCCGUGCCGCCCGUUUCCUCGCUGGCGUCAGCGGUGCAAGCCCGAAUGACACCCCUGUCACCGUGGUGGGUGGACACUCUGGUGCGACGAUCGUCCCGCUGCUGUCCCAGUCGCCGUAUGGCAAGGGUAUCUCGGGUGAGGCGUACGCCCAGCUCGUGCAUCGCAUCCAGUUUGGAGGUGAUGAGGUGGUCAAGGCGAAGGAUGGAGCUGGGAGUGCGACGCUCUCGAUGGCCUAUGCUGGUGCCAAGUUCACCAACUCGUUGUUGCGUGGUUUGAACGGCGAGAAGGGCGUGAUUACGCCUACGUUUGUCAAGAGUUCGCUGUUCGCUGACCAGGGCAUCGACUUUUUCUCCACGAAUGUUGAACUCGGUCUCAACGGUGUGGAGAAGAUUCACCCGAUUGGUCCUCUGUCUGCUGAGGAAGAAAAGUUGAUGGAGGCUUGUUUGCCAGAGUUGAAGAAGAACAUUGAGAAGGGCAAGGCAUUCGUCGCUUAG